AUGGCUGACGUCCGGCCCAUCCGGGUCGCCAUCUCUGGCGGCGGCCUCGCAGGGGCAUCCCUCAUCCAUGCUCUGCUCCAACACUCGCACAUCGACGUACACAUCUUUGAGUCCAGCGCCGAGUUCAAGGAAGCCGGUAUGGCCAUCGGAGUGAGUCGCAAUGCACUAGCCGCUCUCGAUCUCAUAGGUCCCACCGCCACUCGGUGCCUUGAGCGUGCCGGAGCCGUUGCCAUGCGUGGCGUGCGUUUCUUGUUGGCCGAGGGGGACAGGCAAGGCAGUGUGGUCGAUGAGGUUGAUUACACGACCUCGGGAAAUAGGCGGCUUACGAGCAUCGUGCAUCGUGCCGACUUUUUGCGCGAGCUACUAGCCAACGUUCCCCGGGAGCGCAUGCACGCUUCCAAAAAGCUCGACAGGGUUGAGGAGGCCAACGACCAAUCCAUAACCUUGUAUUUCACCGACGGCACCAGCCACGACUGCGACAUCCUGGUUGGUGCCGACGGCAUCCAUAGCAUGGUCCGGAAGCUCGUGCUGGGCGAGGACGACCCGGCAGCCUCCCCGCGAAACACGGGUGUGUGGACCACCAUGACGCUCCAGCCGUACGCGGCAGCCCAGGCUAGCAUCGGCAAGGACGCUGUCAGCUUUGAACACCCAUACGAGCACUCGUGGAUCGGCCGCGGGUCCUUUCUCAUGCACAACUUGCUCAGCAACGGCCAGCUGGUGCAGCUCGUCAUUGCUGCCAGGGAAAAAGAAGCCGAAGGGUCCGACGACUGGGCUAGGUCCGUGAGUGGAAACGAAAUCAGGAAGCUCUAUCAGGACUGGCCGUCGCAUCUUGCCAAGGCGGUUGACUCGCUGCUGUGCCAGCAACCAGAACAACCAGCCAUGUAUCUGUGGGAGCACCACCUCCCAGCCCGAACCUACGUCUCAGGACCAAUCUGCAUCAUGGGCGACGCUGCCCACGCCACCACGCCUUGGCAGGGCUCCGGGGCCGGCAUGUCCCUCGAGGACAGUCUUGUGCUAUCUGCACUGCUAGGCCAAGCAACGACUCCCCUCGACGCCCGGUUGGCUCUUAAGGUUUACGAUCAAGUUCGUCGCCCGCGCACGCAGCGCAUUGUUGAGUCGAGUCGCUGCACGGGCGCCAUUCUGACUGGUCUCGGUGAUGAAGCCGAUGUAUAUGUCAAGGAACCGGGAACCUUGCUGCGCAGGUGGGACUUCAUCUUGGAUCUUGACAUGGAGAAGCAUAUGAAGGAAGCUGUGGAAUUGAUGAACCUCCUAAAGCGGGAGGGUGCUGCGUAGGCUGGUAGUGUGCCAUUAUCAUCACUAGGAGGGUGGGAACCACGUAAACCUUCGGUGUUCCACAGCAGCGCCAUGUUUCAGGGUGAACCACGACAGUGAUGUGGCAGGUAUCCAUACCACGGAUGUAGCCUCAGGUGAAGAUCGCACCUCAAAGCCCGCGAUGGGCUUUUAUAUUGCGGCAAGGUGAUUCUCAUUGCAAUGUAGAUUGCAAGCAUGCAUCGCCGUUCCAAAAUUGUAUGUAGUAUGGGACUCUGAAGGAGCUUACAACGGAGAGCGGUGCAGAUCACGAUGCCCAAUUCCCGAAACAAUUUGACGAGGUACCUGUGGGUCGCGGCAACGAGCCAUCCCCAGAGGACGUGAUCGUGCAGAGGACAACCAAUCAAUUCCUUGGACGUGUUCUAGCCUGCGAGGAGGGAGGAUCGAGAGGAUCGGGAGGAUCGGGAGGUCUCGUGUAAGCCAUGUGCGCGACAAAGAUCGAGAACAGUUGAGA